AUGUCAAUCAACUUUACCAGCGCGUCCUCCUUCUCUUCCCAUUCAUCAUCUUUAAGCGGAAUCUCUUCGAAAAAUGAAAAGAAAACUUAUCCGCAUAUAGCAUUCAUUGGUGGCGGCAACAUGGCAGAAGCGAUUCUCGAAGGAUUAGUAUCUUAUGGCUUUCCUCCGCAAAAAAUCUCAGUCUCUGAACCAGUGCCGACACGUACUGCCUAUUUUUGUGAUCGUUAUUCAGGUCUGAGGGUGCUUGAAGGUGAUAAUCCUGCUGCUGUCACUGGUGCAAAGAGUGAAAAAUUGCGUAGUGGUGGCGAGGAAACGGGGGUGGCGGAGGUUGUGGUUUUUGCAGUCAAACCUCAGAUUAUGAGUUUAGUUACAAAAGAGUUACGUGACGAAAUACAAAAGAUACAACCAUUGGUGGUUUCAAUCGUUGCCGGAAUUAGAACGCGAGACAUUGCUCGAUGGUUAACAACCGGUGUUGCCAAACCCCCAAUUAAAAAUAAGCACGGGGAAGUGAUAUCAAAUCAAGAUCAAGAUACUACCUCGACUCAGAGCAUUCCAAUUAUUCGUUGCAUGCCAAACACCCCAGCAUUGAUAUUAGAAGGAGCAGCAGGAUUAUACGCAACUCUACACGUAACAGAUGCACAGAAAGCCCUAGCCGAGGAAAUUAUCGGGGCAAUAGCCAAAGAAUAUUCUUGGUUGCAGGAUGAGAGUUUAAUUGAUGCUGUAACUGCGUUAAGUGGAUCAGGACCAGCUUACUGUUUCUUGAUGAUGGAGGUCAUGGAGCAAGCCGCUGUGGAUCUCGGAAUCCCGAGAGAUAUUGCUAGUAAAUUAACGAUUCAAACAUUUGUUGGCGCCUCAAAAAUGGCACAAGCAAACACAAAAACAAUAACCCUCGCUGAACUUCGACGUCGCGUCACGUCACCUAACGGAACCACUGAAGCAGCAUUAAAACACAUGGAGAAAGAAAACUUUUCACACGUGGUAUCAGAUGCGGUAAAAGCUGCUGAUCGUCGUUCAAAAGAAUUGGCCGAACAGUUUGGAAAAGAUUGA